UUGUAAUUCACCAUUGAUAAUUUGUGUGACACCAUAAUGCUAGAAACGGGUGCCGUUUUAAUUGAGCGCAAAUCUGGCCCUGACUGCGGAUCUAAAAAGAGAGCGGAACUCCGAGCUCCGGUUGAUCUCUGGUUCUGGGAAACAAGCAAUGGCGUUCGAGUUACCAUACAAUCAAAUAAGGGAGCUUCAGAUCUCGCUUCGCAAGGAAGCCGCCCUCGCAUCCUACGAGCCGGACGACCCUCAACUUUCCGAUUUUCCCUCGCUACAAAUCGCAAUUUCCGACCUCGACCCCUCUCCUCCAUACCUUCGGUGCGAGCACUGCAAAGGCAGGCUUCUCAGAGGCAUUAAUUCCGUGAUUUGCGUCUUCUGUGGCAGACAGCAGAAGAAGGAUGUAUUUCCUGAGCCAAUCAAGUUUACUUCUACCUUUGGUUACCGUUGGUUUCUUCAGUUUCUCGACUUAGAUGGAUCGGAGCUUGUGGCCCCAUCAAUUAACGCAAAUGAAUCUAACAGAGGUCAAAAUGCACCAAAAACUGAAUUUCCCUUAUCCGAUCUUCUAGAUUUAGAAAUAAGAUGGCCUUCUGAGCCUAAGGAAUUUGAGAGUACUGUUUCUGAAAACAAACCAGCUCAGCCGGUGAGUACUCUGAGUUCAGCAGGAGUUGAUCUGGAUAACUUUUUUACUGAAGCUAAAGUAGACUCUGUUUCUACAUCUACUGAUGAACGGCUUGCAUUGGAAAAACAUGAGAAUGCCAAUGGAAGUAAUCAGGGAAAUCUUAGCUUGUUUGAGAAUGUCGAACAUUCAGAGGAAGUUCCUGCAAGGUCUAAGGAAGAUGAAAGUGGUGACUCAUUUUCUGGUUGUUAGGCUGAUUCUGCUGGUUCUGGAACUCAUCAACUGGAAUCCAAAUUAUCUGAUCCUUUUGUCAGAUAUGUAUCUGCUGAUAAUGGAACUCAACAACAGGGAUCCCAAAAACUUGUCCUUUUGUGAGAUUUUCUUCAGUUGAGCUUUCUUCCCACAUGAACUUUUCCUGAAAUGUAAAAUUCUAUGGAGUAGAUCCACUAUUGGGGUAGCUGUUCAGCAUGAUCAUUCCUUAAAUAAUAAGGAUCACAGAACAUCAGGGAGCACAGAUAAUUUUCUUCCAUGCAUAUUGAUUGGAUUCAGCACAAGAACAGCUGCGGUAACAUGACAGCUGAUACUAGAACUGUCGUUGAUGAUGAUUCAAUUGAUGCUUGGCAUGAUUUUACAAGCUCAACUAGUGUAAUUCUUUGAAACAAGAUGUCAAUUGAACUAUGUCCUUCUAUAACUCUUAAUGCUGUUGAUUUUGGUAGCUUUUCCCAUCAGGAUUAUACUCCACAACUUUUAAUGAUCUACAUUGUUCUGCA